AUGUGCAUGCACAAGAGAUUGGAAAGGGAGAUUGGAAAGGAAGGAAGCAAAUUCAUCCUAGAGGAGUUACAGAUAGAGCAUGUGUAUGACUACAUGUUCCACUUGUUGAAUGAAUAUGCAAAGCUCUUGAAGUAUAAACCAACUGUACCUCCAGGAGCUGUUGAAAUCUGCUCAGAUACAAUGGCCUGCAAGGCCAAAGGAUUAGAUAGGGACUUCAUGACACAAUCCAUGGUGAAGAACCCUUCCAAUAAAAGAGCUUGCACUAUGCCUCCUCCUUAUAAUGAUUCUGAUCUCAGAGAUUUUCUUGAGAGAAAAGCAAAUCUAACAGAGAAAGUGAAAAUGUGGGAAGCAACUAGGAAUUUCAGUGGCUUCCAGUUCUGA